AUGGGCCUGAAGGACCAUCUGGAGGAUGGACCAGGCCACAUGCUCAGCCUGGGGCUGGAUCUGGACUACCUCCACGUGGACGGCGGCGAGCGGCGUGCCAGCCCCGUCGCCGCGGUAACGGGCGGGGGCAGGGCCUCCGGCGGCGGCGGCGGCGGUGGGGGGGGCAGCCGGGCGAGCAUCAGCACGCGUUCCAGCUGCUCCAGCAGCUCCUUUUCCGAGGAAAGCGCCGUUUCCGACAGCGAGGACGAGCGCCUCAACGCCCCAGGCUCCGCCUCCGGGGGGCCACGCCCGGAUAGGCCACGCCCCCUCCCCUCCCCGCCCUCCGACUGCCGCUCCAAGGUGGACUUCGCCCUCAAGCUGGGCUACUCGGAGGAGCUGGUGCUGCUGGUCCUGGGGAAGCUGGGCCCCGGGGCCCUCAUCAACGACGUCCUGGGGGAGCUGGUCAAGCUGGGGACCAGGAUGGAGGCGGAGCCUGAGGGGGGCGUGGCCUCCCCGGCGCCCUGCUCCUCGCUGGCCUCCAGCCUUCACGGGAACAAGGAGGUGUUUUCCUGCCAAGGCAUCCAGUUGGCUGUGGACUGGUUUCUGGAGCGGGGUCACCGAGACGUCACCGUCUUCGUCCCGGCCUGGAGGAAGGAG